AUGAUCAGCAAAUUCGUCGACAAAGACCACAGAGAUUGGGACGAACACCUGCCCGCAUUCCAGUUCGCCUUCAAUACAGCCGUGCACGACGCCACCGGCUACACACCAGCGUAUAUUACACACGGGCGAGAGCUCGUGCCCCCGCACCGCACCGCACCAGCCACCAAGACCGUCCGCAUAAAAUUAGCCAGAGCCUUCCAGCGGCAGGAGAGAUACUACAAUCUCAGGCGACGAGAAUGGAGACCACGCGUGGGAGAGUGGGUGUGGAAGAGAGACCACCCGCUGUCAAAGAAAGCCGACAAUUUUAAUGCGAAACUCGCGCCAAAAUACAUUGGCCCGCUCGAAGUUCGCCGAAUCGUCUCACCAGUGAUCGUAGACCUGAGGAGCAAGCGGGGAAAGUGGUACAGACAUGUACACAUCCAGGAUUUCAAAGUCGCAAAAACAAAACACGACGGCGACAAUAACAACCCCGAGGACGAAGCCGAUGAUACCCCUACUACCGGCGGGGAAGAAUAA